AUCUCUCAUAGGCGCUCUAUCAUCAUAGUCAUGAUCCUCGUUUAUAUUAAUCUCAUCAAUUAUAUGGAUCGUUACACAAUUGCAGGUGUCCUCCCUGUUAUUGCUAAUGAUUUCAGGAUAAAGGACAGUGACUCCGGACUGGUUCAGACAGUGUUUAUUUGUAGUUACAUGGUGUUUGCUCCCGUCUUUGGGUACCUGGGGGAUCGGUACAACAGAAAGUACAUAAUGGGUGGAGGCAUCGCCUUCUGGUCAGUCAUCACCCUGUCCAGUUCAUUCAUCACGAAGGAGUACUUCUGGCUGCUUCUGAUCACACGGGUCCUUGUGGGAGUUGGAGAAGCAAGCUACUCCACCAUCGCCCCAACGCUGAUUGCGGACCUUCAUGAUGAACGCAGCAGAAUGCUGUCUUUUUUCUAUUUGGCUACACCUGUUGGCUGUGGACUUGGUUACAUUGCUGGGUCAAAGGUGACGAGUGCAGCAGGUGGAGACUGGCAUUGGGCAUUAAGAGUUACUCCAGGACUGGGUAUUGUAGCAGUGUUAUUACUGUUCUUCGUGGUCCAAGAGCCUCCCAGAGGGGGCGCUGAAGGGAGGAUAAGAAGGAAACCCCUCACCAACUCUUCUUGGACUUCCGAUAUAAAAUCCUUGUUGAAAAAUCCAAGUUUUGUUCUUUCGACAUUUGGGUCUACAGCAGUGGCGUUUAUUGCAGGAGCCCUGUCCCUUUGGGCUCCAACGUUACUGAUGCGUGCACGGACGGUGUUAUACAAAGUUAAUCCAUGCUUAAGAGAUGUACUUUCUUGUGCGGAGAUAUUACUAUUUGGUUGUGUCAGGAGUGUGACCGGUAUUGUGGGGGUUAAAGCUGGUGUGAAGAUCAGCAAGCGUUGCCGAAAAAAAAAUCCACGUUCAGACCCUUUGGUCUGCGGCUUUGGCCUCCCGUGCGCACAGCCCUUCCUUUACGUCUCCUUAGUGGUAGCAAAGAAAAGCCUUAUCUCAAGUUAG